CGAACGCGAAGGAAAGCACGCACACACAAAAACUCUCAAAGGCUCGAACUCAAACGGUACUUUCAAACGAGAGAGAGAGAGAAAAAAAAAAACAGUAGUAGUUAACCACUCUCAUCUUUCACCAUGAUAGCUUACUUAGAACACUUCGUGCACGGAAACGACACAGAAUCCAAGCCAAACGACGACGUCGCGGGCCUCGAGGGCGCGUUCCACUUCGGCGCCCCGGCCGCCGCCGCAAAGGACUUCGGCGGGAUGAAAUCCGCCGCGCCGCUGGCCGUGAUACGCCCCGCCUCGGGCGCCGACGUGGCGCGCGCGGUGAGGGCUGCGGCGCGCACGGCGAACCUGACGGUGGCGGCGCGCGGCAACGGGCACUCCAUCAACGGGCAGGCCAUGGCGGAGAACGGCCUCGUCCUGGACAUGCGCGCCAUGGAGGAGGAGGAGGACCACCUCUCUCUGUCUCACCGCGACGGUUCCCUAUACGUCGACGUUUCGGGAGGGGCAUUAUGGGAAGAUGUCCUGAAACGGUGCGUUUCGCAGUUCCGCGUGGCGCCGCGCUCGUGGACCGAUUACCUCGGGUUGACCGUGGGAGGAACGCUCUCCAACGCCGGCGUCAGCGGCCAGGCCUUCCGUUACGGCCCGCAAACGUCGAACGUGACGGAAUUGGAAGUGGUGACGGGGAAAGGCGAAAUCUUAGUAUGCUCGGAAGGCCAAAAUUCGGAGCUUUUCUUCGCAGCCCUCGGCGGGCUGGGCCAGUUCGGCAUCAUAACCCGAGCCCGCGUGGCUGUUCAACAAGCCCCAGACAUGGUGAGAUGGAUAAGGGUUGUGUACUCAGAGUUUGAGGAGUUCACUAGCGACGCAGAGUGGCUGGUGACACUGCAAGAGCGUGACGGUUUUGACUACGUGGAAGGGUUUGUUUUCGUGAACAGCGAUGACCCUUGCAACGGGUGGCCCACUGUGCCCGUGGGCCCCAACCAGCGCUUCGACCCGGCCCGUCUGCCUGCUCGGGCUGGCCCGGUUCUCUAUUGCUUAGAACUGGCGCUUCAUUAUCGUAACGAAGACCACCCUUCCGCUGUUAAUAUGGAAGUGGAUCGAUUACUUGGACGGCUAGGAUUCGUUGAGGGUCUAAAAUUCAGCGUGGACGUGACAUACAUGGAAUUCCUGCUACGUGUGAAGCGCGUGGAGGAAGAUGCAAAAGCCAACGGCAUCUGGGACGCACCCCACCCAUGGCUCAACCUGUUCGUCUCCAAGUCCAACAUCGCUGAAUUUGAUCGUCAAGUGUUCAAGAAAAUCCUCAAGCACGGUGUUGGUGGCCCCAUUCUAGUGUACCCUCUAUUGCGAACCAAGUGGGAUAGUCGACACUCGGUAGUGGUGCCGGACAGCAACAUCUUCUACAUCAUAGCGUUGCUCCGAUUUAUUCCACCACCCCCGAAGGGACCACCUACGGAAGUGUUGGUGGAACAAAACCAUGAGAUUAUUCAGUUAUGCCACAACAGAGGCUUUGAUUUCAAGUUGUAUCUCCCUCACUACCAGUCGCAGGAGAACUGGAUGCGACACUAUGGAGAUAAGUGGACCAGAUUCGUCGAUAGAAAGGCCACCUUUGAUCCCUUCGCUAUUCUUGCACCUGGACAGAAAAUUUUUUCACGAAUCCCUCAACCCUUCCCUAUCACAUAAUAAAUUACUAUAUAUAUUGUUUUUUCUCUGUCAUCAUUUCAUUUUUCCUUUUCCUUCUGUCCCCAAUCGCUCCAACCCUUGUACCCAUAUUGUAAAUCAAUAUUUUGGGCUCAAAUUAAUAUCAAUCUUCACCCUUUCCACUCUCAAU